UCCGCCUUGUGGGAUAUAUCCAUUUUCGAGGCUUUAUGAUACAAUCACGGCUUUGUACACCUGAAGGAUAUAUGAUAGGUUCUUUGAGAGGUGGACGUUUUAUCAUUGGCAACAACGGUGAUAUUUUUGGUGUACGCUACCAAAAAUGUGAUGACUCAGAUUCGAAUGAUGCGUUAACGCACGCAGACAGUAAUAAAAAAUUUCUUCUUGAAGUUCAAUGGACGGCCGAAAGAGACAUCGGAGCUGUGCAAUUCAUGCUCACCGUGGCUGCCGAGGACGAAUUGUACUGGGAACGUUGGCGUCCUCGAAAUGGGUUUAUCCGUCCAGAGACGGGUAAGGACGGGCAUGUUGUCGAGUCGUUAUUUGAAAUUGAGGUCUCGCCUGGACCAGAGGAGCCGACUAUGAGUCCAGAAGAGGAAGCAACAGCUGUUCCACCUGAAGAUGUAACUACACCUGAACCAUUUGAUGCAAAAAUAUUUGAAGAAAUUGAAGCAGCUGAAGAGACAGAAUCAUCUCGCCUGAAGUCAGCAGAGUCACUAAUUGCGCUGCACAGUGCUUUCAUGCCGGUCGAGCCAAUGGCGUCAUUCUCCCCUACAACAAUGGCACCAAGCUCUAUAGAAGAGGAUUUAUUGUCUUUGAACGAAACGCUAAGCGAAAAUGGAACGCAGUCAACAUUGUUACCAUCUACAUUUACAUCAGGAUCAACAAAAGUCUUGCUGACAUCAACGACAUCUAUUCUCACUACGAUUGAAGAUAUCACUGCAAACAGUGACAAUGACACGGAGACGACUAGCGUACCACGAAGAUUUUUAAAUUCGCAUGUGCAGUUGCGGCAACAUGAUAUUGUUAUUGAAGAUAUGGAUCCCGAAGAAACUUGCAGGCAGUCAAGCCCAUGUGAGAACGGUGGCACAUGCGUUGUGAAGAACAAACAAGUACAAUGCGAAUGCGCUAGUGAAUACACCGGUGUGAACUGUGCAGAGGUGGAUAUGUGCUUGAACCAUGCCUGUGCCCAAAAUUCCACUUGCAAAAACGGACCCAAAGGAACUUACAUUUGCGAAUGCAAGGAAAACACAGUUGGAACUUACUGCGAAUUCACCUGUCCGGAAAAUUACUGUCUGGGCAAAGGUUUGUGCGUGAUGCGGAAAGACGGCAAGAUCGGUUGCACUUGUAACCCUGGUUUCACCGGACGCCGCUGCGAAAAAGAGAUCGAUGAAUGUCAAAUGAAUUAUUGCCAAAACGCUGUAAGGUGCAUUGACAAGUUCAACGACUAUGAGUGUAUCUGUGAAGAAGGAUGGAUCGGGAAAGACUGUGACAGACCUUGCCAAGAUGUAUACGGUUCGUGCAAGAUAUGGAAGCGUGAAGGACAAUGCGAAAUAUCAGAGGAAUCUACCCAAUUCUUCUUGCUAAACUGUCCAGCAACAUGCGGGAUCUGUGAGCCCAAAAAUGAGACCUCUGUAGAACUAGUCGACCGAUUGCCAGCCAUUCUCUUGCCUUUGUCCUGGAUAAUCGGUGUCUGGGAAACACAAGUCAAAGGUUUCAACGGACGAGCGUUCGACUAUCCGCUCGAUUUCAACUCCUCAGGCUACAACGAAACGCUGACGUUCUCUGUUGCUAAGCCAAUAAUGUUCGGAACACCAAGCAUCAACUAUACAUCCAAAGCAGUAAACAUUGACGACCCCGAGGACGUUCACCUACAAAACGGAUUCCUCACAAUACGACAGUAUGCACCAGAAGGAGAGCGAAUGAAGAAGGUGGCUCUAAGCAGCGUCAAUAAUCAAGGAGUCACCAUAAUCGAGGAGGGACCAUUAUCAAGAAAAUUGGGAACAAGUGGACCAAUACUGAAUUUAUUUCCUGUAUUUACAAAUAUACAAACGGAACUUCAACGGAUGAUUCCUAGAAAAAUUAAUAGGUCAUUUGCUCGUAAAGGCAAUCGAUUGGUCCAAACGGUUACAAAGGAGACAAAUGGAAGAAAGAUCAAAUUUAAGAAAGUUUACGAUAGGAUUCGAGAAUACGAAUUUUUUUAGAUCUGUUGUACUAUACCAUGUUAUUUAUAAGCAUCUCAGAUGAUUAGAUCCUGAUCUGUUCUGUUUUCCAAAUGCAAUGAUUCCGCAAAAAAAAAAUAAU